AUGCGAUGCGCGAGCAAGGCCGCCGAGAGCGCGUCCGCACGUCUCUGUGCGGACGCCGAAGCAGAAACAACAGCAACUGAUGUCUCAUCGGUUGCUGAAGCGACUCAGCCUGUGUCACUUGGUGAUGCAGGCGCUGGUCAUGAAGACACUCGUGUCUUCACAGAGUACGAGCUCGGAGUCUCAUACUCUCCUGAUACGGAUGACGGAUCCAUAUCGACGGCGAUUGAAUCAAGCCGCCUCCAAGCGUGGCAUGGACGAUCUUUGCGUCGCAGCAUCUUUGGUUCAUCUGAUGAAUCAGAUGAACCAUCGCCAAAGCGAAGGCGCUCGAGGUCGCGAGACUCGGGCGCUAAUAGUGGUGUCGGUUCUCCUAUGGACACCACUUCACAGCGGGGUGCCAGUACUUCUGUCGGCACGUCGCAGGAAGAGCGGGACCGCAAUGUGUUGCGUCUCGCUCCUGAGAAGAAGGCAUGGAUGCCUCCUAAAUCCGUCAUGGAUCACUUGUCGGCGACGACGAGUGAUCGUUAUCUAACACGAUUGUUCGAUUCGUCUAGGAUCCAUCACCUUGACCCCAGCGCGAAAAACUAUCGCGCUGAACAUGAAUUCUUCAUCGAUGCUUUCUUUAGACAUCGAUGGUACAGUGGGAAUCACAAACGUGAUGGUCCCUCACUGCUUGAAGCGUGGAACGCCUACAUCCAUAACCUUGAGGAUGUAGGUCGUGGCGCUUGGAACGACAAACUUAUCAAAGCUCGUGAUAAGUUUGAAAAGCGAACCCCGACAGGUGCACGCUACAAGCUGCAUCGUCCGUCUAGGGAGGGUGUGUAA